AUGGGGUCCAACGAUCACGUGGCGGCUAGGUCCAAAUUCAAAAUGGCGAGCGGUGGAAACUUUCGAGAGGUUUUGCAUCUCAGUGGCAAGCCCCAGGGAAACGUGAUAAAUUUUACUGUAGGAUCAACAACGAUCGUGAGGGAUGAAGAAAACGCUAAGCCCCAUACAGGAGGUGGAUUUGCUUACCGAGAGAGUGGGAAUGUAGAUUCUGUCACUCGAAACCGCUACAUCUUCUGGAGAGUCACAGAUAAUGUACUGGAACUAUUUGAAGAAUCACUUGACAACACUCUCUCAGGAAACCACCUUGAACUACAGUUUACUGAUGGCAUUCUUUUACCAGUGGUGUAUAUCUUUGAAACUCCUGCACAUGUUAGCCUGUUGAUUGCCACGACCAACAGUGUCCACAGGAUCGUGUUUCCCCAUCCAGACAGACUUCGUAGAUAUGGAUUUGGUUUGUCUUACUCUGGUGAAGGAAGUCAGCAGUCAAUCUUUAAUGAUUUUUCCAGUCAUCAGCUGAGAGAUCCUUCAAAUUUUGGAACUUUUUCACAAUCAUGCGUGACUUUUGCAAGCUGGCUUUGUCAGGAUGGACAUUGUCUCUUUGCUUUAGCUACUACUUCGGGAAUAAUCCUUUUGAUAAAAUUGCCUCCCCCUGGGAGUGGUGGUCAAGUAGAGCAUUAUGAAUUGAAGGAAGCAGGAGUCAUGCAGCGUCUUUGGUCUGGUCUGGUCCCUUCAAGCUUGCGGAGGGACACAAUGGCUUCUGAUGCUGCAUUGAGUGUGGUAAUCCAUCCAUAUGGAAAACAUAUGUGUGUGUUUGCUCUGUGCCGAGAUUUCAAGCUCAGGAUUUGGUCCUGCCAGACUCAAUCAUGCAUUUAUGUCAAAGAUCUUCUGGAGGAUAUUCGUGAUGAUAUGGAUGCUCAAAACUUUCCAGCUUCAGGCCAUUUACUCCGGAAAGUGGUAGAUCCAUCAAGUGGUAAACUUUGUCUUGGUCUAUUUUUAAACCUUACAUACAACACACAGUUCUGUGUGUAUGAGGUUGUGCCGUCUUCAAAGGAUGAACCAAGCUUGUCUGCACUUUCAUUCUCGUACUUCCCAAAGGAAAAUCUUGUAGACUUUGCUGUGAAUUCAUCGAACAUCUGGACAUUAUGGACAGAUAAAAAUGGGGAAACAAUGGCCUAUUUCACUUCCAUUGAUCACUUAGAUGCACAAGAAUGUGGUUGGAAGAGGAUAUUCCUUGAACCGACAGAGAAUUCUGAUGUCAUGGUUCCACCAUUUAAAGAACCAAGAGAAGUUUUUCUUGAUGAGCUCUUCUAUCCUGGGAGGUUUUCAAAUCAUGUCAUCAUUAAAGCCAUGCAGAUAUACCGUCAUUUACCAGUGUCAAACUUUAUCAGUGAUUUUGAUGAAACAGUUUCAAGGAGUGAUUUAAAACUGGCUGUUAUCAACCUCAUUGAUUCAGAGAUUCAGAUGUCAGCUCCAGAUUACGAGAUGCUUCAUGAUGAGUUCAAUGAUCUUCAGCUACAGUGUUGGACAAAGUUCUACAGCUUUGUUGUACAGUACCAUCAAGUUGGAGGUAAAGCCUUGGGUAUAUUCAAUGACACUAAAACAGGAUUAGUCUGUGUUGUGCGAAAGGAAAUACUGUCGUUCCUAAGGCCAUGUGACCUGUUUGAGCAACUUCAUCUUUCUGUGGAACCUUUGGAAACAUCAAUAGUUGACACAGAGCCUCUUCUUGAUAAAACCACGAAAGAAUCAUUCGUGGAUUUGUGUAACAUCAUCAGAAUGGUUUCAGAUCAGUUAACCCUUGAGCAUUUGUCAGCACUUGAAAAUGAUGUCAUGUACCAACUGAAUCCAGCAUUAACUGCAGAUCAGAUUGCUGUUUAUCUUCUGACAAAUAUCAGUGACGAAGAUCAAGGAGAGGCGGAUACAAAUGCUUUAUUUCAGUUUCAACAGGAACUGGAGACCAGUUUGCACAAGAUACCAAAUAUCUUCCACAGUUUGGAAUACCUUCUUCUGGCAUUAGAAAGUGAACUCAUGGAGGAUGCUCCAGAUGAGCAACACACUGGUUGGUCAGAUUUCUCUCAUAUCAUGACUGGACAUCAGCUGUUCCGUGCUCCUCUAACCUGCUCUCUGCUCUCCAAGGCUGCUCACCAAAUUGCUUCAUCGAGAAUGUCCGUCUGUAAACAGUUAUUGGUGUUGCUAAGUUUGAUGACCAGGCUGAGUGUCAACAAGAUUGGCCUGGAUGCCAGGAAAGCUGAGGAUGUAUCAUCAUUGUACAUUCCUAGAACAGUUCAGCUUCUCAGGCUUUAUGUUGCUCUGCAUUGGAUCCUGGAACAAGCUGUCACUCCCACCCCGUCAAGCUCUGUAGAGUCAAACCUAAAACAGUUAGCUACUCUGGAAAUUUCAGAUGGAUUGGAAUCAAAAGCAGUCCCCGAUGAUCCAUCUCUAACACUAGGGGAGCUCUUCCUUUGUGGUGUGGGGGGAACACAACUGAGAAGGCACCUGGUCCAAAAAAUCAGGGCCUCACAGGAGAUGUCUAAUCAGGAGCCAGUCCUUCUUUGGACAGGAUUUUUCAACCGGGCUGUUUACAUGCUGAUGGACCUAAUCUGGCCAUUAAGGGAGAGCGUCAUCUUUCCAGAAUUUCUCCUCUCGCGGUGUCAGUAUCUUCACAUUCAAGAUUACGCGCAUCUGAUUUGCUAUUGGUGUGACACCUGUCAGUCAUCAUGGUAUUUCUUAUUGGGCCAAUCGUAUUUGGCUUUAGGCGAAAAUCACAAGGCUUUAGGCUGCUUUCUGAAGGCUGCGAAGGGGAUUGGUUCAAUGGAUGCCUUUGUGAUGAAGGUUCUUCAGAGCAAUUCCACUGAUAUUUCGACACUGCUUGUUCUAUUUUACGUAAAGGUGUUAAAGCUGUUUGAGCAGUUUGAUGCUCCUGACUAUGUCAUCCGUGUGGCUCAUCUAGCGCUGGACUUUGCCUCUCCUGAUGAUCCCAAUAUUCCUGAUUUGUGGUCGAACAUUUUUAAGCAUCAUUUGGAGUUACACCACAAUGACUUGGCGUAUGAAGCUCUAAUCUCCAAUCCUGACCCUGUUAGGCGGCGCGUAUGCCUUCAUAAGCUUAUGGUAACACUGUGCGAGGGAGGAAAAACUCAACAGCUUAUAGAAUAUCCAUUUGUCAACCUUCAAGAUGAGUUCAUCGACAUCGUCGAGUCUCAUGCCCGUACAGUGGACAUAACUACUCACAGUUAUUACGAUCUACUCUACGCUUUCCACGUGUUCAGAGGAAACUACAGAAAAGCUGGGGCAGCAAUGUAUGAACAUGCCUUGCGUCUGGGACUAGAAGUGUCAGGGCUUGACAGUCUGCAAAAACAGGCCAAAUGUUAUUUAGCAGCGAUGAACUCACUCCGACUGGUGGAGCCGAAAAAUGCCUGGAUUGUAAAACCUUUGGACAGGAUAGGCAGUGAUAAAUCAGCAGAGCCGCCCAACAUGUCUCCAAAACGAAAGCAAGGAGAAGAAGGAGACAUACUCUACCCAGGUCAUUUUGCUAGGCCUCGGCGUAAAGUGACCGUACUGGAGAUCAAGGACCUGGAGGGAGAGUACCUAUUGGUUCUCGCAAGGCUACAGCUCAUAAAAAUGGACGCGGAUCCAACACGUGCAACAGGCCCUCAGUUGUCACCUCAGGAGAGUGUAGCGUUGUUAACUCAAGCAGGCCUGUUUGACAAUGCCUUCACUGUAGCUUUCCACUUCAACCUACCCAAAGAAACGAUCUUCGAAGGACUUGCCUCAAGGUGUGUCAAGUUAUCCACCCAAGGCCAUGGUUUAACACGAAAAACCGAAGAGGACGCGUGGGACUGGCUCCUAUCAAAUGACCUCGGCGAGGCCCAGGUCUCCAGUUACAAAAGUGUUGUCGACCAGGCCUGGCAGUUGUUAAAGUUGUACCUCGACAAGCUUGGUCCACGUGAUGGUCACGUGUAUUACAGAUGUGUGACCAGUAAACUGCUGUCAGCUGGCGCUACUCUGCCCACGUGGCUUGUGAAUGAUUAUAAGCGCUUUAAUGCCUCUGAACUGCUACGUAUGUACAUCAACUAUGAUCUUCUAUUGGAGGCAGUCAUGUUUGCUGUUGAGUAUAUCCAAGCUGUUCUUGGAAAUGGCAAGGAGUACUUUGGAAUGACGGAUGCCUUACACGGCACCAGUCCCAGUGUGUGGUUGCCGUACGUUUCUCUGGAUCAACUGCUGGCUCUGCUUAAAGACGUGCAACCUGGUACCGAGCUGGCUAAGGGACGUGAUGAACUCAAAGAACAACUUCAUGAAUUUCACGAGAAAGUGAUAUCAGUGUCACGUGAUCUGGUGUCUGUACAAUUAAAGCGUGCUCAGCGGAUGCACGCAGCAGAGUCCAUUCCAAUACGGUGAUGACAUCAUGCGCCUGGAUAGAGACGUUGUCUUGCGUACAAGAGACCGAAAGCGCUUUCUGAUUUGCAAAGGAAAGAGAAAACUCAUUGAAACCGUUACAAAGUCGAUCCGGAUCAAGUUGGAAGGCCCUGUUAACUUCCAUUCUUUUCUUGAUCGAAUGUUUGUCGGAGAAUUUUCUAAGUGAGGUAAUUCAGUGCCCAGUAGACACGCUAGCAAAUGCCAAGUCUGAAUGCGUUGCUUAGCAAUAGGACAUAUCCAAACGGGCUUCAACAGUUUCCUUAAUAAGAUUCAGAGUCGUAAUAAUACAAACAUUUCAUGGAUUUGUUACAAGAGACUAUGAUCUGAGAGACCUGAUCCCAUAUACAUGUCCCUCACUUCCAGUGAUGUUUUCUAAAUUGAAUUUUCGCACCCGGUCAUAUUGCGUGGUUAUUUAAUGGAUGACGCUACUCAGCUCAUUUUCUCUUGAUUCGUAAGGUUCUAAUCUUAGUUAUAGUAGCAGAAAUAUAAUGCUUUGGCUGUCGCCAAGAUCCCAGUGCCUAGAAACAUAGUACGUGAAGAGGAGCUAUAUUAGCACUCCAGCCCCGACGUUGACCAAAGCUGAAAUCCUCUUUACGUUUGCUAAUGAUUGUUAUGCAGACAAGUGGCAAGAAGAAAAGAAAAUAACCAAUUAGAAGAUCUUGUAUUGUUUACACUCAGUUUUUUGUAGUUUGAUAGAAAUGUUUGGAUUUGGCUUAUCAAACAUGUGUGCAAGUGUGGCGUUAUAUCAACCAAGGACUUCUGUAAAUAACCGUUUGUAUUAAAUGCUGUUUUGAAAAAAAUAGACGCAAAAGCAUCUAUUUUAUUAUGCCAUUCAAAGAGUCAUUCAAAGGAGGAAGUAAAUGGUGUCAUUAAAAAUAGAAACAAAUGAAAAAUUUA